AUGCUAGGCGAUGCCUUGCGUUGGAUGGUUGGCAAUAAGUGUGGGGCAACAAUGACAAGUGGCACCAUUGUGUGGACCCAGCCACUGGGUGACGCUAGCGAGCCGUUGGGUGGCGCUUGUGCGCUGGGUGACACUGGGUACAGCUCGAGCAAAGCUGGGAGGAGGCCAAGGGUAUUGAACGAGGCAGUUGGCCACCAAGCGAGGGUCUUCACAAGUGCUGAGAUGCUGGGCGACACCAGGUGA